UACAGAAAGAGGGGGCAGCAGUCGGUUGAAGAAAAUAAAGAAUUAGAAAGAUGUUGAAGGCACUAGUGGUUGACAAACAUAAAUAACACAAUUAAAAAUGGAGAAGAAAGAAGACCCUACUCCUCUCACCGAGACUGAGAAGUUGCAGUUGAAGAAGAGCAGUGCAUGGAAACAGCUGAAGGUCAAUGAGGGCUGGAGGUUUAUGUUGGGACACACUGAAGCUAACGAACUCCAAGAAGACAUUGAAAUCUUCAAACAGGUGUUUGAAAGGCACGUGGAGGGCUUGGAUGAUGUCAUCAACAGUUUAGAGCGCGACCUGAAUGAGGUGGAGCGUCAGUCUGCACACGUGCAACGGGUUCACCUGCACCUUUUAGAACAUCUGAGCGCCAUGCAGGACAAACAUGUGCUGCAUCUGCAGCACCAGUGGGACAACAAUCUGAAGCACCUGUGCACCACCUUCCACUAUGAAAGGAAGCACAUGCAUGAACAUACUCAGCAGCGAGAGGCAAAGCUAGAGGAAGCAAAGGUCAACGUGGAGCAGGAGCACCAAAGACUCACAAAGGAAAUCGACAAACUCUACAACGAUAGCCUCGCCUCCUACAGGACAGCGCACGAAGCCUGGGAUGAUGCUCUGGUCCAUGAGGGACAGGUGGCGCUGAAGGAGCAGGCUCACAAGAACUACAAGCUUCUGAAGAACCUUCGCAAGGAACAAAAGGAACUGAAUGAACUGAUCAUGAAGAAACAGCAACACAUUCAGAUCACCAAUGAAAAACUGGCAAUGAUCAAAAAUGUGGAGAAACACAGGGAGAAGUUGAGGUCCAUCCAGAGAAGAAACGAGUUGAUGGAACGAAACCUAAAGAACUCCAUCUUUGAGGUGAGGCAGAAGACCUUCAAGCUCCGUGACCAGUUGACCCAAGAACACCAGGCGGCAAAGAAACAGCUUCUAGAACUCAUCAUGAACAGCGAUGCUGCCACCAAGAAACUGCAGAUGGUGAUCAACAAAGGUCAGAGAGUUCUCCGAGUCGGUAAAAUGUGCUGGAAGCUGGAAAGGAAGAUUGGACCCAUGGGCCUGUCUUUGCCCCUGAAUGAGGGGGAGGAGGGAGCGGCUAAGGAAACAGUUGAUUUCACAGAGAUACCUAGGGUGAUGCAUUCCCUCAACAUCGCUCUGCUACACCGUGAAUCGCUGAAGAGAGAGAGAAAGAUCCUGACCAGGGAGAACGCCCAGCUGAGAUACCUUCUACGUAAACAACAGGAUGGAACAAUCUUCAGUGAACGCUCUCUCAGUGCACAGCACACACUUCUCACCAUUCCGCAAUCUUCGACGAGUGCCUCUAACAGUAUGAACAUCUGAGAAAGCUGCGUUAAACCAAGGCCUGAAAAAGUUCAAGUUAAAAUACGACCUGAGCCUCCUGGUCCUGUCUGUUCUCUGGGAAAACAACACUGGUGCUGUGUGUGUGUAAAUACACACUUUAACUUGACAGACCAACUAAUUGUUAAAUUAGUUGACAGAUACUAUGUUUAAAACUACUUUUGAAACAGCCAUUUUGAGGCCAAAAAUACCCCAAUGUUCAGUUCAAUGGAAGUUUUAAAAUAGAUCAACCUAAAAUGACACACACAGCACAUCCAAUACAAUAACUAAUACAAGUCUCCCUACGCUCUGCAAGACACCGUCAGGAUGACCAGUAAUGACAACAAAUACAACAACUCUAUGAAGAGACAUUUUCACUGAGACUGGUGGAGAUUUUUAUGGACUCUGGAUUAGUCAAAUAUAUAUACGUGUGUGUAUGUGUAUUAGCUGGUAGUGUGUCUGAUGAAGCCCACAGCUUGAAGAUCCUGUGUGGACACAUGGACACUUCAGGUUGCUAUGACGUCCGAUCCCUGUCUAUGCUUCAUGCUCCUCUUUGAUCUCUCCCUCUUUUAACACCACCUCCUGCUCUCAUGCAUAUAGAUCUGUCACCAAACAGUGAAUAAUUAAGUUAAGCUGACCUGUGAAAAGGACGCUUCAGUUUCUACAAAGAGCCACAGAGUAACAACACAGGCGAUGAAGGAAAGAUUUAACAACAUCCACUGGUGAGGUUACAUGCUGGGCUCAGACUCGUCAUUCCUACUAUGUUACCGUUACUAAAUAAUACUCAAUGCAUGGCUGGUUGUUUGACUCCAUUUUUCCACAGCAGCUGCUGUUUAUUUGAACUGGUUGAUUAGCUAGGUUUCAAAUAUUAAAACACUUGAAAUAAAUAAAA